UCAUCUUCCUCUUUCGUACAGUUUGCGAAAAUCCAUCACCGCCGCUCCCGAACAAGUCGCGUAAUUCUGUCCGGCUGUCCCUGUUCGUGCGGGGCGUGCAAAAAAGGGCUUUGCCAUCGAAGGAACGUCCCUCGGGGGAGAGCAACGUGACGAACAAACACCGCAAGGCACCUGAGUGAGUGAGUGAGCGAUGGCCGGAAUACUUUCGAUAUCGUCGCGGAAUUUGCCCCGCGCAGCCCUCCGUCUCGGUCUGCGUUCAUUGGAAGGCCAAUCAGCACCCCAGCAGGGCACUGUAACCGGUUCGCGAUCCUACCACCAGGGGCGUCGAUUGUUGCCGAGCGUCGCCGUCCGGUCCGCGGUCACCGACAGUGGCAGACGUUGCGAAUCCGUUCGAAACUCUAUCAAGGCACAGGGAUGGGCUGUGAACGAGCGGGCCAUCUUCACCUCGGCCCGCAUGCUGUCGUCGGAAAUCGUGAAGGUGCCUCCGUUUGCCGAUUCCGUGUCCGAGGGCGAUGUGAAGUUUGAGAAGAAAGUCGGCGAUGCGGUGGCCGCCGACGAGGUGGUGAUGGAGAUUGAGACCGACAAGACUACCGUCGGUGUCCCGGCCCCGGGCCAUGGUAUUAUCGAGGAGAUCUACGUCGCGGACGGCGAUACGGUGAAGGCGGGUCAGCAGCUGUUCAAGCUGAAGAUUACCGGCGAAGCGCCAAAGGCCAGCGCCGCCAAGCCGGCCGACGCUCCGGCACCGGCAGCAGCGGCCCCACCACCACCACCGCCGCCACCACCGGUAGCGGCUGCCGCUCCGCCACCGCCACCACCAGCGGCCGCCGCAGGUACGCCUCCGCCACCACCACCGCCGAAACCAGCGGCACCGAUUAGCCGAAUGCCAGUUGCAGCGAUCCGCCAUGCGCAGGCCAUCGAGGCGGCCACCGUGAAGGUACCGCCGGCUGAUUACACGAAGGAAAUCACCGGAACGCGCACGGAGCAGCGCGUCAAGAUGACGCGCAUGCGGCUGAAGAUUGCCUCGCGCCUGAAGGAGGCGCAAAACACGAACGCAAUGCUGACGACGUUCAACGAAAUCGACAUGAGCUUCAUCAUGGAUUUCCGUAAGCAACAUUUGGAAGCGUUCCAAAAGAAGUACGGCAUGAAGCUGGGCUUCAUGUCUGCCUUCUGCAAAGCAGCUGCCUAUGCCCUGCAGGACCAACCCGUCGUGAAUGCAGUCAUUGACGAAAACGAAAUUAUCUAUCGUGAUUACGUAGACAUUUCGGUAGCCGUAGCGUCGCCGAAGGGUCUGGUAGUACCAGUGCUGAGAAAUGUGGAAGGUAUGAACUACGCCGAUAUCGAGCUGGCCAUCGCUGGGCUGGCGGAUAAGGCGAAAAAGGGAACGUUGGCCGUAGAGGACAUGGAUGGUGGCACCUUCACCAUCUCGAACGGUGGAGUGUUCGGAUCGCUGCUCGGCACGCCCAUCAUCAAUCCUCCGCAGAGCGCCAUUCUUGGCAUGCACGGCAUCUUCGAGCGACCGAUCGCUGUGAAGGGACAGGUGGUAAUCCGACCCAUGAUGUACGUAGCCCUGACCUACGACCAUCGGUUGAUUGAUGGCCGUGAGGCUGUCACCUUCCUGCGCAAGGUGAAGGCCGCUGUCGAGGAUCCUCGCAUCGUGCUGGCCGGUCUGUAAACGAACAGUAAAAAAAUCAACAACCCCUGCCUGCGUUCACGAAGACGGAUCUCUUUGAAGAAUCAACUAUUGACCAGCGACGUGCAAACAGCAGAACCAUCUUGUGACGAUGCAUGCAAAUGAAAAUAUCGCAGGACAACGCUUUUCUGCACCGCACCCCCCAAACUAUUAACUACCGUAUAGAGAUUGCACAACCCGUUGCCUGAUUAGAUGUUUCCUAUGAAUCUUUAUUAUUACCGCAGCCUCCAACUAAAACCUCUCAGAGGACGGUGUACGUUACAGCGCGAUUAAAAAUGGACGAAAUUCAAGCAUGUUGUAAUUCAGUGUACUACUAACCACGCUGCGAAAUGUUAAACAUUGUUAGGUAAUGCCAAUUGCAAUUACAUCCAAGCCAUGCCACGAUCAUGCAGAAACAGUUGUGCGAUUAUCGGUUCUACCAACUGCGACAGGAGGAGCUCUGCGGCAAUCGUAACGUAUAUAGUAUCAACUAAACGACAUAACAAGCACAUCGACCGGUGUAUUCGCAAUGUGUAUGGUGCUCUAUUAAAGAAUGACGGCGAUAUCGCUAAAUAGACUAUUGUUGUUUGUUCGACGCCUACACACAACAGUGCACGUUGAAGUAGAAGCGUGGGAACGGAACAGAACAGUUGUGCUUAACAUCAUCUUAACUUGAUAACAUUUCGAGAAAACCUUUGAAAAAGCGAUGCAAGAAAACGCAGUUUUAGGUAGAGAAGUAUUUAUUUGAGUAAAAUGAAAUAAAAUCCAGUAUGAAAGACAA